UCGAAAUUUAUACGACUUUAUUCUCAAAAUCUAAACGAACAAAAAUAUUUUUCCUUAAAGUGGCCCUAAUACGCCGUUGUAGCAUCAUUAGGUGAGAUAAUGCCGCCGCUUUUCUGCAUUACACAGUGGUGGAUUGCCUCCCUUUCGUAAUUAUCUGAGAGAAUGGGUGAAAUAAACAGACCCUGUACAGAUGUUGUGGGAGGAGAUGUAACAACUGAGAGGAGACGAGGGGUUGCACAGGGUAACGGAGCUGACGUUACCCCAAACACUGGAGUGUCGAGUGCAGUGCAUGGAACUCAUGAUCCAAGGGUGAACUCCAUCAUCUCCUACCAUCCUAAAUGCUAGCAGCUUAAAUGGCCAACAUCACUGAUAAAGAGAGGGCCCGAGCAGAGCUAGACUCUGUAGAUGCAGAGUUGGAGUUACUUGAGCUUCAGAUCUCAGAGCUUCUGGAGAAGCAGGCCGCCUUAACCUCCAGGAAAAAACAAUUACUGAAGAGCCUGGAUGGCUCCUGUGACUUUUCUCAGCCAUCAGGAUCUGGAGAAACCCCUAAAGCCACCUUUAGCAAAAAAGACCUGCAACAUUAUGAAGAGUCAGACUUCUCAUGGUCUAAAGAGGUUGAGGAGAAACUCUCAAGAGUGUUCAAGCUUUCGAAAUUCCGGCCACUUCAGCAAGCAGCCAUCAACCUCAGUAUGUCAGGAAAAGAUCUUUUUUUGGUCAUGCCUACUGGCAGAGGCAAAAGUUUAUGUUAUCAGCUACCGGCUAUCUGCUCAGAAGGUUUUACAUUGGUCAUUGCUCCACUGGUGUCCUUGAUGGAGGAUCAACUCAUGUAUCUGAAGUCCAUCAAUGUCCCUGCUGUAACACUUAAUGCUUCUAGUUCAAAGGAGGAUUCCAAGUAUGUUAUGGCAGGCAUGGUUGAUAAAAACAUUCCCUUUAAACUGCUGUAUGUUACCCCAGAGAAGAUUGCUAAGAGCAAGCUGCUCAUGUCUAAACUUGAAAAGGCCUAUAAAAUGGGUCUGCUCGAUCGCAUUGCUGUGGAUGAAGUUCACUGCUGCAGUCAGUGGGGUCAUGACUUCAGACCAGAUUACAAGCUUCUGGGCAUUCUCAAACGUCAGUUUACUAGUGUUCCACUGAUUGGACUGACAGCUACUGCAACCAGCGAAGUUUUAAAAGACUGCCAGAAGAUUUUGUGUGUUCCAGAUGCAGUCAUGCUUACAGCACCAUUUAACAGACCUAAUCUCCACUAUGAGGUUAGAUUUAAGGUUAAUGAAAAUAUAACCAGAGAAAUAACAGGACUAAUCAAAGGAAGAUUCAAGGACCAAUCAGGAAUUGUGUAUGUGUUCUCCCAAAAAGAAGCAGAGACUGUGUCUGUAGAUCUGCAGCAGAGUGGCAUCCUGGCCCAGCCAUACCAUGCAAACAUGGAGGCCUCAGAUAAAACCCUGGUUCACCGCCAGUGGUCUAAUAAUAAAAUCCAGGUGGUCGUGGCUACUGUGGCAUUUGGAAUGGGCAUUGACAAAGCUGAUGUGCGAUUUGUAAUCCAUUAUACCAUCAGCAAGUCCAUAGAGAAUUACUAUCAGGAGAGUGGACGUGCAGGAAGAGACGAUGGUCCAGCAUACUGCAUAGUGUUCUAUGGGUUUGCAGACAUUUUUAGAAUUAGUACCAUGGUUGUGAUGGAGAAUACAGGUCAGCAGAAGCUUCAGAAUAUGGUGGCCUAUUGUCAGAAUGUAGACAGGUGUCGUCGUGCCGUCAUGGCAGUUCAUUUUGAUGAAGUUUGGAAUGAUGAAGAGUGCAAACAGAUGUGUGAUGUCUGUCGACAUGGCAGUGACUAUGUCACCAUGGAUAUCACCAAGCAUGCACGUGAGGCAGUGGCGAUUGUGGAGGUGGCCACGUCUAUGGAUGAAAAGAUGACUCCUUUGAAACUGUGUGAGACCUGGUUGGGGAAAGGGGUUGCCAAGAUCCGCAAAAUGACAGCGGUCACAACAUUGUCACGUCUUGAAGUGGAGGCUGUUAUUGUCCAUCUUCUAUUGCAUGGCUACUUCAGUGAAGACUUCAGCUUCACCCCAUACACUACAUAUUUUUACGUGAAAAUUGGACGCAAAGCUGCCCUGCUUAAAAAAGAAAACCACUCUAUUACUAUGAAGAUGAAGAGAAGACAUAAUGCACCCAACCAAGCUGCUUCAAGUGUUGACCAAUCAGCUGCUGGGCUUCAGAAAGAACCAAUCGCUUAUUUGAACGAUGUCAACAUUGACCUUAGCAGGAAUGACAAACUAGUAAAAAUUACCAAGGACCAACAGAACCAGGAGAAAAGACAUUCCCAAAAUGUGGAAGAUAAUGUAUUACAAGCGCCUGAAAUGAUUCCACCUGCUGCAAUUGAGGUUGAUGUGGAGGUCAGUAUUCAGAAAAAGAACUGCAUCACUGAAAGCAAUUGCACGUCUCACAAUAUUGAAGGUCAUAACAAAGACUCCAAUGAAAAACCUGUUCCACCUAAAAGAAUACAGCAGCAGUUUUCACCUCCAGCUUCAAACGGUAUUUCUAAAGCUGGACAUCCAAAAUCAGUUCUGGCCAGCCGUCCAUCAGAGACCUCUAUCAUAUCAGCUGCAGCCCUUGAAGAGCUGUCCGACCUCCGCAGUUACUACAACAAGCAGUUAAGGAGAAUAAACUACGUUUCACACGAACAAUUGCAGGACUCUUCACACAGUUCAGGAAUGCUCACAUGCAUAACGGAACCCUUAAGAAGUCUUCGUCUCCCAUCCAGUACAGCAGUGACCAAAAGCGCCAGAAAUUUAUGGACACGUGUUAGUAUGAGAAGAAAACUUAUUCAGAGAUGACCAGUCACAAAGUACAUUCAUUUAAAUGAUUGCAAAUACCUCAGGAAUUGUGGUAACUCUUUUUUCUAAACUUAAUCUUAUUUCAGAAGUAUUUGAAGUUCUGCACUGUCUGCCGUAUUUAAUUUGAUGAUGUAAAUUAUGUCAAAAAAAUGACUUGUUUUGUUUAUACUGUUGUUGAUAAUGACUCUCCUUAUCACCUUAACAGAUUUUUUGUUUUGGUAGCAGUUAUCAAUAAAUUAGUUUAUUGGCACUUUUUGUUUAGACAUGUUUUACCUUUUGUCUUUGAUUAGAUCUGUUUUGUGUAAACAGACCACUAUGUAUAUGUUAACCUGGUACAAGCAUAUUGAAGUGAUGUCUAAAUAUGUCUUGUCACAUCAUAUUAAAAUAUUACCCACA